CCCAGAUCCACAGAAUCAGCCAGCUCCUUUGAGGGCAAACACCCAUUAUCAAGCUCUCACAGCCACCUGCUCUCCAGCAAUGCCUCCAGACUUUGACACCAACAUGAGGUUCAAGUUCUCGAUCCUGGCGCUUCUUCUGGAAGUGAUUGUCAUUGUUUUGUUUGGGAUAUUUGUGGAUUAUGACUCAAAUUCUUCUACAAAUUUAUACCCACACUUUCAGGAUGUCCAUGUGAUGAUAUUUGUUGGAUUUGGUUUCCUGAUGACCUUUCUGAAGAAAUAUGGAUUCAGCAGUGUUGGUUUCAACAUGCUAAUUGCUGCCUUCGGUCUCCAGUGGGGAGUUCUGAUGCAAGGAUUUUGGCAUAUGAAAAGAGGGAAAAUUUCUGUUAACAUCGAAAGCAUGAUAAAUGCAGACUUCAGUACAGCAACUGCUUUGAUUUCAUUUGGAGCACUCCUGGGGAAAACAAGUCCCAUUCAGAUGCUGAUCCUGACUCUCCUGGAGAUCCCCAUGUUUGCAUGCAAUGAACACCUAGUUACCAAAGUAUUCAAGGCCACAGAUGUUGGAGCUUCGAUGACUAUCCAUGCUUUUGGAGCUUAUUUUGGUUUGGCUGCAGCUUUCGUCUUGUACCGUCCUGGUCUGACAAACAAACAUGAUAAUGAUGAAUCCACCUAUCACUCAGACAUGUUUGCCAUGAUUGGUACCCUGUUCCUUUGGCUUUUUUGGCCCAGUUUUAACUCUGCCAUUGCAGAAGCCCAGGUAACAGCCAUUAUCAACACUUACUACUCCUUGGCUGCCUGUACCAUCGUAACAUUCGCUCUCUCCAGCUUGGUGGAUAAAAGAGGCAAAUUCAGUAUGGUUCUCAUUCAAAAUGCCACCCUGGCAGGAGGAGUAGCAGUGGGUACCUGUGCUGACCUGGAAAUCCACCCUUUUUCUGCCAUGUUUAUUGGGGUCAUUGCUGGAAUUGUCUCUGUCCUUGGGUUCCAGUUCCUGACUCCUGUGAUGGCAUCCAAGUUGAAAAUUCAAGACACCUGUGGAGUUCAUAACUUACAUGGUUUACCUGGAAUUGUGGGGGGCAUUGCUGGCAUUGUAGUAACUGCGAUAAAAACGGAAACUAGGAAUCAUCAUGUGCUUACUCCUGCCAUGCAGGCUGCUGCCCUGGGAAGUACACUUGCAAUUGCAAUUGUGGGAGGAGCACUCACAGGUGCUAUUCUAAAGAUCCCCUUCUUGGGACAAGUAUCUGACCAGAACUGCUUUGACGACUCUGCUUAUUGGGAGGUUCCAGAGGAGGAGACAGUACCUGAAAUUCACUCCAGCCACCGUGAUGAGCACAGCAGAUUUGAAGCUGCCAUGUAGAAAAAUAAUUAAUCUGCAGUAUUUGCCCUAAUGAUGCUCUUUUCUGUUUCUAAUGCUAAGAAACAACAUCCAAGUAUUGUCCCAGCCACAGCAGGUUUUUAAGAAAAGGCUGAAGAUAGGUAUAUUUUUGUAAAAGAAAACAAGCUUGACUUUAGAUUACUUAGUCAUUAUGCCAAGCUCAGGUGAAUAAAUUAGGUUCUUCUAAUAUAUUUUUUCAUCAGAAAAAGGCACCACAAAGUGCUCUUUAAAAUUAUCUAUAUUUUAUCUUUUGUGGUCUCUGACAAUAAUAUAGCUGUUGUAAUAAACUUUGGGUUUCAACAUUAUUACAGGACAAUAUAUUUAAUUGUGAGAUUUCUGAGUUACAUCCUUCAACUGUAUAGCGGUAAUCAAAAAGAAAUUUUUUUUUUUUUUUUAGUGGAUUCAAACAAACUUU